AUGGCUAAAGAUCCUGACUCCCUUCAUAUAAUUGAAGGGGUAGAGGUACGGUUUCCGUAUCCUCCUUACCAGAGCCAAAAAUUAUACAUGGAAGCAGUUAUUAAAGCUGUUAAAAAUGGGAAAAAUGCCCUCCUGGAGUCUCCAACAGGUACAGGAAAGACACUUUCACUGAUUUGUUCCUCUCUGGCUUGCUUACUUAACAACAAAUUUAAUAACAAAGGUGGCUUUAAUGCACCAACUGACAAUGCCAAUAAUAAUCAAUAUACCCUAGAAUCCUCACUAUUGAAUAAAAUGUCAGAUUUAAGGAAAACACCAGUUAGUGACCAAAAGAAGACAAAAUUACGAAAUAGGAAUAGAAUCCACAUUGUGUAUGCAUCCAGAACGCAUACACAGCUAAGACAAGUCCUUAAGGAAGUUAGAAAGAGCCUUUAUACUAAUGAAUUUAAUUCUAAAGGGAUAAAGGCGGUAUUAUUAGGUUCCAGGGAUCAGUUAUGCAUAAAUCCAGCUAGAGGCAAUUCUUCUGGUGAAGCUCUGAAUGCCUUAUGCAAGAAUCUGGUACAAAAUCGCAAGUGUAUCUAUCAUAGUGGAUUAAAAAUGGGAAAAGUGAACGAAGAUAUGUCAUUCUAUGAAUUGCUGGAUAUUGAAGAUAUGGUAUCUCUAGGAAAAUCAAAGAAGUGUUGUCCAUAUUAUGCAGUUAAAGAUGCUCAUGAAUCCGCCGAUUUAACACUGUUGCCUUACAACUAUUUAUUGUCAACAACUAUUAGGGAAGCUAUGGAACUUAAUUUACAAGGUGCCAUAUUAAUUAUUGAUGAGGCGCAUAACAUUGAAUCAAUCGCCGAAAAUGCGGCUUCAUUUUAUAUUAGACAAGUUGAUAUAGCCAGAUAUAUGGCUGCUUUAAGGAGAUUUGCAUCAUUCCACAAAACAUACUUAAACUCUAUUAAAAAUGAAGACAAGGAACCCUUGCAUUCCAUUAAUACAUCUGCACUAUCAAGAUUAGCUAUAUCACUAAAGAAUAUUGAUGAAUUCUUAUCCAAUGUUGUCUUGGAUGAAUAUAAUGACGCAAUAGAUAGCCCUACUAGACAUGAUGAUGUAGGUAGAUGUUGGUUUGUUAAGGAAAUCAAACGGAAGCACAUAAUCUAUAACGCACAAGAUAUCGUUACCCAUAUGCUAGAUGUUUUGGGAUUCAACGAACUGAGAUUAUUGAAAGUAGAUGAAAUAAUUAGGCAAUCUAUAAGUAUGUUGUCAAAUGGAUUGUUACAAACAAACCAGUUAGAUGACUCUUUCAUUUCUCAUUAUGAUAACAAAACUUUACAAGAAGAUUUACAGUCAUUAGAGUCACUUAGAAUUAUGUUAUUGCGUAUUUUUGCCAAGGAAUUGCUAACUUGCCCUCAGUACUUUCAUGUGUUCAUAACAAAUGAUGAAAAAUUUGAUAAUUCUAAACGUUUGACAACUACACAACCUGCAACAUCAGGCUGGAACAGUAAAAUAAAAAAUAGGCAAACGAUACAAUAUUCUAAUACAAAGAACGAUACUCACAUAUUACCCAAAAUCUUAAAUUUUGAAUGUUUACAAGCGGUCCCUACAUUUCUCCGCAUAAAGGAUGAAGGAGUACGCUCAAUUAUUCUUACUUCUGGAACAUUAGCACCUUUAUAUGUUUUAGAAAAACAAAUUGGUGGGAAUAAGUUGCCAUUUGAAAUCAAAUUACAAAACAGGCACGUAAUAGAACCUUCCAGGGUUUGGGCAGGAAUCGUAACAGGAGAUAAGGAUGAUCCUCAUAGUUUAUCCUCUGUUUAUAACACUAGGGCGACCACACCUUAUGUAAAAGCUUUAGGUGAGUCCCUUUUGUCAUUUAUAAAAUGUGUACCUUCGGGUGUAUUAGUUUUUUUUGGGUCCUACCCAGCAAUGAACCAAACAGUAUCAAUGUGGAAACAACUUGGAUUAUACAGUAAGAUGGAAAUGUUUAAAUCUAUAUUUAUAGAGUCACGGUCCUCAGAGCUAAAUUCAGCUGAAAACUAUCAGGAACUGAGUAAGUUAGAUAGCUCGUACGGUUUAACUCAAGCGCAAAUCAUGGAAUAUAAGUCACACAUUACGAGUGGCAAAGGUUCUAUUUUUAUCGGAAUUUGUCGUGGGAAGAUAGCGGAGGGAAUUGACUUUAGCGAUGAUUACUGUAGAGGAGUUUUCGUAUGUGGAAUCCCAUAUCCCAAUAGAUAUGAUGACAAUACUGCAUUGAAAAUGGAUUACCUGAGGCGAAAUGGUAAUUGUGAAACUGAAAGUGCAAAGAACGAUUUGGCUUAUGAUUGGUAUACUACCCAAGCAAUCAGGGCUAUCAAUCAAGCUAUAGGACGCUCAAUUAGGCAUAUAAAUGACUAUGGAGCUGUACUACUUGCUGACUAUAGAUAUCAACUAUCUCCUAUAAAGCAAAAUAUCAGUGAAUGGGUAGCAAAUCGCUUAAAAAUUUACCAAUCCAUAGACGAUUCUACAGACAGUCUAAAGCGAUUUUUCAAGGGAGCUACGAAUGCUUCGGAGCCGGUUUCUACUACCGUUAAGCAUUAUGAACAGCCCUCAUUUACUCUAGAUACGACAAUAAAGACUUUGAAUUCCUAUGAAUUUUUGCAGUUCAAGUCCAGAAAAAUGUUUAGUGGGCAGAAAUCUAAGGCCAUGCCACUCGCCAGUCAAAGAAUGCAUAUGUCUGAUACUCUACAGCGUAAAGAAUCUUCUAACGUCAAUGAAAAGCAAGAUGAUUCAAAACAUAGAAAUGAUGAAAAUGAUGUACCAUCGCAUUUGAAUGGUAAAGAUUUUACUAAUUGGGGGACAUUAAACAAGUGGUCAUAUAAUGGAAAUAUAAAACCCCUAAAAAAUUCAAAGUAUUAA